AUGGCGAAGCGCGUGAAAGUCGACAGAGUGGUGGACAUUCCCGGCGGAAAUUUAUUUUCCUUCGAUAUGGUAAACAGCGGUCCUAAGUAAGCGUUCAACUUUCUUUUUAAACUACACAAACGAUUGCAGAAUGGGCGAGAAUUGGGUGAUCGGAGGGACACGUGUUCGUCGCUAUGGACCGGGUCUUUUGUUAAUGGGCGGCGAAUUGAAUAGAGAGCAUUGGGUUAUGCCUGGGGAGAGUGAAGAAGAAGAAGAAGAAGAAGAGGAGAAGCCGAAAGUGGAGGAGAUCGACGGGUCGGAAGAGGAAAAGGAGAAGGCAAUCGAUGAGUCUGAAGAGGAAAGCGAGGAAAAGGAGGAGACCGCCGAUGAGGAAUCGACCGACUCGCAGGACUGGAAGGAGUCCGAUGAAUCGCUCAAAACUGAGUGAGUUUUAAGCCGAUUUCAGUUUUGUUUUAGAAUUCCAAUAACGUUCUUGUUGUAGAAACAACAUCGUCGAUGCUCCAGUCGACAGUGUCCAGUUCAAAGAGAACGGUCGUCUCAUGAUCGUCAGCGCUCUUCUCGUCUGCAACCUCGCCGUCAUCAUCGCUCUUUUCUACUCUGAAAUCGAGCUCUGGAUUCAGGAGCGUCUUCUCUGA